AGUACCUGGAACUGGGUGAUGUGACGGACUCCCAUUUGGAAAACCGGAAACAGUGGAAGAGCAGGGCAGGGGGCACAGAGGGACUCUCACUCCAAAGGAACCUAGGUCCGUUGGGAUCGGGGCUCCUUUGGUGUCAGGAGACCAUGAGGGAUUCCCCCCACUUGUUGAGGGACGCACUUGUCUCGAGACUAUAGGCUUUGAGGACCUAUAGGGAAACCAGAGGUUUCCCUGGAGCAUCCGCCCACCACCACCCAACUAAGCCUGGCAGGAGUGAGAGGUCAGCUCAGGCCAAGACUGGGGAGUUGAGUGUGAUAUAUUUUCAGGGCCUGGCUGCUCCUAGGUGGAUGUCCCUAACACUGGAGAGGGACCCAGCCUCCCAUCCUUGGGCUUGUACCACCGCGGGGCCCCUUAAUGAGAGGCUGCUUUUCCCCAGCUUAGUUCCCCUGCCAAGAAGUCAGUCGGGAAACUGUCAGUGAUAAACCAAGGUCCCUUUUCUGUCCCCAUGUCCUGGGCAAUUGUAGCUAGCUCACCCAGCCUCUCUGGGCCUGCUUUCCUCCAGCAGGUGUUUCCCUGUCCUCAGAGCAGUUGUGAGUCUGAGAUCCACAGAGGAAUUCCUUUAAGAGUGAUUUAUUUCAUUCUGAUCACACUGUUCAGUACAAAUGGAGGCCCAAAGUGCAGUUACAAAAAACAAAAGAAGUUUCUGUUCAGUUUUGGAAGACAUGGAGGAGCUUUUUCUUUAAACUCCGUGGGAGGAACUGGCGAAUUGGUUUGCAUUGAGGGAGGUGACCUAGUUGCUGAGAUAGCAAGAAGCCAGCCAGGGAUGAAAAUUUUGCUAGUAUAAUCUGUGGCCACCCACUGGGUGCCUGGGGGUUGACCGCAGUGGAUGAAGGGCAAGAGCACUGGUUUUGGAGUAAGAUAGGCGUUCUGUUAUCCUGCCUCCCUCUGGGGCUGUGACACCAGCGUAGCCACAGGUUCAAAGAGCUGCUGGGAGGGAGAGGCGAAAUGUGUGUAAAGCCAUUGUAGACGAUGACUGCCAGUGCCUAGUGUUAGUAAUAAUAUUUCAGGCUCUGCCAUAUUGUGUUAUCCUUGUCAGGACCUCUCAAGAGGGUUUACUUCUGACAGCCCCAUUGUUAACACUGGCCUGGCCUUAAUUGUUUUUAUCUAAUGAGGUUAAACUUAGCCUUCCAUGGCAAGAUAAAGUUGUCUUUAAGAGAGUGUGCUGAACUGUCAGGGCCCAGAGAAGCAACAUGAAUAUUUUGCUUGACAGGAAGGAGGCAAAAGAAGUAGAAUUAUAAUCAAAUACUACUUAUAAUAGGUGCUAUUUAGUAAGGCUGUUAAGCUCCUAGAGGGCAGGGUAUGAAUACCCUUAGGUGUUACCCUUUAGCUGUUAAUUAAUUGGGCUAUUAGUUCCCUGAGGGUGGUGUUUUAACUGCAUUGUUCACAGCAGAAGUUCCAGCUUCUGACGCUGAGUAAGCCUAAAACAAAUACUGUUGGAAUGUCUCAGGGCCUAAAGGGCCCUUUGAAGUCACCGGAGAAUGCAUUCUGUCCUGUGACAAUGGAGAAACAGGGCCAAGAACAGAAGAGACUUGUCCAGGGUCACACAGGUAUUGAGUGGCUGAGUCAGGACUAGAAUCAACAAAGCCAGUGGAGCCAAAGCCCUGCCAGAGCCAACAUCUAGCAACUGUGACUUUGUUUUUCUUGAGGUAGCUAUUAUUAUUCUCAGAUUUUAAAUGGACAAGUACAGGGAGGUAAAGCAAAGUCACACAACUAGUAAGUUCCACACCUGAAUUCCCAUCUUCACAUAAAAACAGGGACUUGGCUUGUCUUGACGUAACUGCCGGCGGUGAGUAGCAGAUGCCCUCCGUGGGAGCAGCAGCUCUCUCCAGUUCUCCGUGAUUACCAGCCGAGGGGCUUCUCUCUGGGCUUUAUUUUCCUGGGCUCAGGGGUAUUUCAUUUGUGUGGGUGAGGCCCAUCUGCCUCAUCCAGCAUGUGCCCCCAGCCCAGCAACACUAUGCCCCGCAUACAGCACUCACUGAGUAAAAUCUCUGAGAUGGGUACAACCCAGGGCUCUCCCACUCCGAAGCCCAUUCACCACCUAAUCCCCACAAAUUGGUCUGCUGUUUUGCCCCCAGAAAUAUUAAGGAGCCUCUCUCUGACAGUGUGUAUCAGGGGGAGACCAGGGGAACUUGGGGGUGGCAAGCUUUGGUUGAGAAAGCAGGUGAGGAGGUUGACCUUAAGUUUAGAAAAGGGAAAUGUGAAUUGGGAGAGCUGAGGAGGUGGGAGGGGAGAAGAAGAAGAUGAUGCUCAGGCUGACAGAAGACUUCCCACUGGUGGUCCAGUGGUUAAGAAUCCACCUGCCAAUGCAGGGGACACAGGUUCAAUCCCUGGUCAGGGAAAUCACCACAUGCUGCAGGGUAAUUAAGCCCACAUAUUACUGAGCCCGGGUGCCCUAGAGCCAGUGUUCCGCAGCAUGAGAAGCCACUACAAUGAGAAGCCUGCACACCGUGAUGGAGAAUAGACAUCACUCACAGCAACUAAAGUCUGCAAGCAGCAAGGAAGAUCCAGCAGAGGCAAAAAUAAGUAAAAUAAACUUUAAAAAAAAAAAGACAAAAAGACAUCCCACUUGGGCCCUGGAGAUCUCAGUUCUGAAGUUCAGCCAAACCAGAAAGGCUCCCAAACCUGCAAGACAGGCCACAUAUUCCCUGCUAGCACAGUCUCCCACCAUUACCCUCCUGCUCAGGGAUGGGGCUCCGGGGGCAGCUGGGGCUGAAGCCCCUUUUCUCUGGGGAUUUCACUUCUCUUGGGUCAAUGGGCAAGUACAAAUCUUCAGGGCUCUGUGAAUCCAGAGAGGUUACUCUGAAUGGCCUUUGCUAAGAACACUUUAAUUAUUAAAUAAGGUCAGUGUCCCCAGAAGUCCAAACUCCAGCCAUAUUGCCCUGGUCCCUAAAUAUACCCUCUGCUGCUGCUGCUGCUAAGUCGCUUCAGUCGUGUCCGACUGUGCGACCCCAUAGAUGGCAGCCCACCAGGCUCCCCCAUCCCUGGGAUUCUCCAGGCAAGAACACUGGAGUGGGUUGCCAUUUCCUUCUCCAAUGCAUGAAAGUGAAAAGUGGAAGUGAAGCAGCUCAGUCGUGUCUGACUCUUCGCGACCCCAUGGACUGCAGCCCACCAGGCUCCUCCAUCUAUGGAAUUUUCCAGGCAAGAGAACUGGAGUGGGGUGCCAUUGAUACCCUCAGAGGAAGGGGACAGAAGCCAGUCAAGUUUGCCUGAUAUCCAUCAACCAGGCCCUGGACACCUGGUCUCAGACCAGCUUUACCUGCCUUGCCGUGUGAUCUUGGCUCUCUGCCCAGCCCACAGCCAUGGCCACGAUAGUGGCCCAGAAGCUCAGCCACCUCCUGCCCAGCUUGCGGCAGGUCCACCAGGAGCCUCAGCCCUCUGUGCCACCAGAGCCUGUGUUCACCGUGGAUCGAGCUGAGGUGCCGCCACUCUUCUGGAAGCCGUACAUCUACGUGGGCUACCGGCCGCUGCAUCGAACCUGGCGCUUCUACUUCCGCACGCUGUUCCAGCAGCACAACGAGGCGGUGAACGUCUGGACCCACCUGCUGGCCGCCCUGGUGCUGCUGCUGCGGCUUGCCAUUUUUGUGGGCACCGUGGACUUCUGGGGAGACCCGCAUGCCCGGCCCCUCUUCAUCAUCGUCCUCGCCUCCUUCACCUACCUCUCCCUCAGCGCCUUGGCUCACCUCCUGCAGGCCAAGUCCGAGUUCUGGCAUUACAGCUUCUUCUUCCUGGACUACGUAGGUGUGGCCGUGUACCAGUUUGGCAGCGCCCUGGCGCACUUCUACUAUGCCAUUGAACCUGCUUGGCACGCCCAAGUGCAGACCAUCUUCCUGCCUACGGCUGCCUUUCUUGCCUGGCUUUCCUGCACUGGCUCCUGCUACAACAAGUACAUCCAGAAGCCUGGGCUGCUGGGCCGCACUUGCCAGGAGGUACCCUCGGCGCUGGCCUACGCCCUGGACAUCAGCCCCGUGGCGCACCGCAUCCUUGUGGCCCCCGACCCUGCCACGGACGACCCGGCUCUUCUCUACCACAAAUGCCAGGUGGUCUUCUUUCUGUUGGCCGCGGCUUUCUUCUCUGCCUUCGUGCCUGAGCGCUGGUUCCCUGGCAGCUGCCAUGUCUUCGGGCAGGGCCACCAGCUCUUCCAUGUCUUUUUGGUACUGUGCACGCUGGCCCAGCUGGAGGCCGUGGCGCUGGACUAUGAGGCCCGGCGGUCCAUCUAUGAGCCUCUGCACACCCGCUGGCCCCACAACUUCUCCGGCCUCUUCUUGCUCACCGUAGGCAGCAGCAUCCUCACCGCAUUCCUCCUGAGCCAGCUGGUACGGCGCAAACUUGAUCUUGAUCGGAAGACUCAGUGAAGGGGGUGGCACCUGGUAGCGAGGGAGGUAUAGUGGGGGCCCAAGGGUCCGGAUGGGAACAGAUGGUAAUAGAUGGGAACCUUGGCUGCGGAUGGGAACAAGUCCUGGUAAAGUUGUUUGUGUCUGGCCCGUGGUGAUUCUCUGUGCACGCCUCAGCUGCCAAGGGCAGCACUGGCCAGUCUUUGGAUUUGAGGAUUGGCUGGAGCUGCUGGGGUCUACUCUUGGGCCUGCCCUAGCAGCCUGCCCUGGGAGAGGGAAAGAGAAAGAUGUUGGUCACCCUGGUUUUGCCUCCCCUCACUGCCUCUCUCACUUAGGGAUGAGGAUGGGGGAUCAGCUUGGGCCAAGACCCUGAAUUGGAGCUUCCAGAUUAUCUGGGAGAGGGUGAAGCUGGGAUUUAGGUUAGAGUGAGAUCUGAGCUGAGGGACAGGGGAAGCAUCAGCAGCACCUUCUACCCAGAUCCCCUUGGGAAAGGACAGCCCUCUCUUGUGUGCAGGACUUUAAGGUUCCUUGAACUCCAGCUUGGAGCUUUGGUGCUCCGGAGAACCCCCAAAGGUAGAAGAUUGUGCCCGGUAGAAAUGGAUCCCAUCCAGUGCCCCACAGCUCUUCAGUCACUGUCCUGGGGAGCUCCACCCUCCUAGCACUGGACUCUGUCCCACUCAUCCUGUUCCCAUCAUCUUUCCUGGGUCCCUCUUUCAUGACUCAGUGUUUAUCCAUUCAGCGUUUCUUGGGCCUCUACUCAGAGACAGGCUAUUGAUGGGGCCCUGUGGAUUAAUGCAGGAUGGUAAAGGCUUUACUAUCGAAUGAACUGUCGGGGAAACACUGAGGAAGGAAUAAUUAGUGCUGCCUGGGACCCUCAGGGUCUUGGGUUGAGAAGGGUGAAUAGGAGUUUGCAGAUGGAGAAGAGGAAGUGCAUUCCAGGCAGAGGGAAAAACCUGUUCAAAGGCCAAGAGGGAUGGAAGGAGGAGUUCACUGGGGUUGAAAUCAGGGGUGGUCUGGACUUUGAUGUCCUGGAUGCAAUAAAAUGACUGCUAACAGCUUCCUCCUUAUUUCUUGUCUCCUAUCCUGGAGAGAGGGCCCUGGUGCACCCCUUGGGCCUGCUCAUUGUGU